AUGUCAACCGAUCCAUAUCCUGCGAACCCCAGGUUGAUGUGUCGAGCUUGUAACACCCGAGGCAUGGCCAACUACGAGCAUCACGUCAAGUCAACUGCACAUCAACAGAAGGUUGCAAGGUUUGUUACUCGCCUGGCGGACGAAGAACAAUUGCUCGUCGGUUUAAAUGAACAAGCUACAAAUGCAAUAGCUACACCGGUCACCCCUUUGAUGGAGCCCGAUUUAGAUCCCGAACCAGAUCCUCCUGACAUCAUCCGCCCCCCAUCACCUCUCAGUUAUCUUCGCUCUUUGGACGCUGCCGAUAUUCUCGGCCCGAGCUUUGGCAACCAUUUGAACCCCUCGGAUGACCUCGACGGCCAAAUUCGCUAUGAGCGGCUGCGUCAAGCCCUGGAAACGCUAGACCGCCUUGAUUUCGACGAAGAUGACAACCAUGAUCUUACCGAAGAAGAGUCGGACUCCCAAGACCCCAACCUUGCGCGUGCUCGAGCCCAAGAGGCCAUUGAAUGGCAUCCAUUCAAAAACAAAGAGGAUUUGCUAUUCAAAAAUGGGCUGGCUUCUAAUGGGUGUACGAUUAAUCCGUUAGGUCCCGUCAAAACCAACGUAGUAUUGCCUGAAAUAUUGCAAGACCUCGGGACUGACACUCCUCUCCGAUGUAUUGACAGUGUGACCUUGCCCAGUGGCCAAUCUGUGCGAGCCCUGGAUUUUGUGUUGCUCCACACGAACUCUACACCCGCCCAGGUUCAAUCCAUUUGGAUACCGGAUGGCAAGGCGGCCAUCAAGACUGUCCUGGUAAUGAAGCAAUGCACCAAAGGCCGAUUGGUUCCUUUCUACGGCAUGCGGGAGAUACUGAAGGGCGAACAUGUCUUUGCGAGGGGUGUUAAAGACGUUGUCACGGUAAUCAACGUGCAGCACAAUUGUCACGAGGGAAAAUGCAAAGUGACGAUGUCCCACACUAAAAAAAUCGAAAGGAAAGUUUGUGAUGUUCUUGUAUCUGGCAUAACACAUGCAGACACGAAUUCUUUCAUUAUAAACUCAGCGGCACAAUAUUCAGGCGAAGUGCAUCGACGCAUAGCCGAAGUCAAUCUGACUACAGUUAACGCGACCCAGUGGAACUCCGCGAUCCAAGAAGGGCUCAAGGCAUGGAAUGAAGCAUCGCGGGGCGCCAAAAAGCAGAAACAAACCCAAGAUACCAAUGAAUCUAUGGUCUCAUGA